GGGACAAUCUGAGGUAAUCCAACAGACUGUGGCGGAGGGACCGGAAGCGCCAGGCAGGGACCCGGGGUAGAUGCUAAAUCCAAACUGAAACGCACAGGGCUGGAUGAUUGAAGCAGCAGCGGGAACUAGUCAGACCUCCGAGCUCUUUAAACUAUCUUCAGCCUUCCUCGUGGGCUCGGCUGGUUCUCCACGAGCUCCGAGCAGAAGAGGGGCCAGCGUUUAAGUCAAAGGCCUUGGGGCUCCGAGUCCCUCCCUCUCCCCGUCCUGUGAAGGCGCGACCCAGUUCAGCUGUCUGUAAAGUGGAGCCAUUAGUCCCUGCCUCGUGGUGGGAAAACUGGGAGGCGGAACGAGGAGGCCGCCGGUCCCAACCCGGCCCAGGAGCAUCUUUCUGCGCAGACCGUUUCCUGGCGAGGUGCGUCUUCGUCCUUUUCCGCCCUUGGGAACUUAGAGCGGCCCCUUGGCCGCUGGUUCCGCGCCUCCCGCGGUUGGGGGCGUGCCCGGAAGUCGCUCUACGGAAGCUGGCAGGGCUGUGGGCGCUUCACUAUGGCGACGGUGGGGGCUCCGCGGCGCUUCUGCCGCUGCGCCUGCUUCUGCACCGAGAACUUGUACGUGGCGCGCUAUGGGCUGCACGUGCGCUUCCGAGGCGAGCAGCAGCUGCGCCGGGACUACGGCCCGAUCCUGCGCAGCCGAGGCUGUGUUAGCGCCAAGGACUUCCAGCAGCUGUUAGCAGAGCUUGAGCAGGAGGUGGAGCGGCGGCGGCGGCUGGGGCAGGAGUCAGCGGCUAGGAAAGCCCUCAUCGCGAGUUCUUACCACCCGGCACGGCCUGAGGUCUACGACUCACUGCAGGAUGCAGCUCUGGCCCCCGAGUUUCUGGCAGUGGCUGAGUACAGCGUGUCCCCAGGCGCAGACCUCAAGGGCCUUCUCCAGCGGCUGGAGACAGUAUCGGAGGAGAAGCGCAUCUACCGGGUGCCUGUGUUCACAGCACCCUUCUGCCAGGCCCUGCUGGAAGAGCUGGAGCACUUUGAGCAGUCGGACAUGCCUAAGGGGAGGCCCAACACCAUGAACAACUACGGGGUGCUGCUGCACGAGCUCGGGCUGGACGAGCCGCUGAUGACACCACUGCGGGAGCGCUUCCUGCAGCCGCUGAUGGCCCUGCUGUACCCUGACUGUGGCGGGGGCCAGCUCGACAGUCACCGGGCCUUUGUGGUCAAAUACGCACCAGGCCAGGACCUUGAGCUGGGAUGCCACUAUGAUAAUGCCGAGCUCACCCUCAAUGUGGCCUUGGGCAAGGUCUUCACAGGGGGCGCCCUGUAUUUUGGGGGCCUCUUCCAGGCACCCGCAGCCCUGACGGAGCCCCUGGAGGUGGAGCACGUGGUGGGCCAGGGUGUCCUCCAUCGUGGCGGCCAGCUGCAUGGGGCCCGGCCCUUGGGCACUGGUGAGCGUUGGAACCUUGUCGUCUGGCUCCGAGCCUCGGCUGUGCGCAACCGCCUCUGUCCCAUGUGCUGCCAUGAGCCCGACCUGGUGGAUGAUGAGGGCUUCGGUGAUGGCUUCACCCGAGAAGAGCCCGCCACGGUGGAUGUGUGUGCGCUCACCUGAGCUUGCUUGGGCCCAGUGUGGGGGUGGCAGGCAGGUGAGGGCUCCGUUGCCUUUGGCUGGGGGCAGAAAUAAAAUCCCCACAGCCUACUGCACUUCUUGGCUCAAGGCUGUGCCAGCUUCUGGGUCAUUCUCUGGGUAAACAUGCUGCCUUAGUUCAGGUUUGUCGGAAGCAGAGUCUGGAAUGGGGCGUCAGCGAGGGAGUCAGGGAAGCAGGGGAGGGGAGGGAGCAGCUGGGCAAGGAAGUGGCUUCAGAGGACGUCCAGCCUCAGCCGACCCCGCGGAGAGCUCCAGGCAGAGCCCACAGUACCACAGUGUGCCCACACCAUCGGUUACUGGCUCCUGGAUGAGGGGGCCAGAGAGGAGUGAGUAACUUCCCAGAUACUUAUCUCCAGGGCAGGGUGCCUUGCAGUAGCCAAGGGAAGCCUCCAGAGACAGCACAGAUGUGAACCCUCAGCAGCAAGCAUCACCCCCAGUGGACUUGGGUGGGCCACCAGUAGCAUCUUCUAGAUGGCAGAGGGGUGAAUGGCAGGGCUGGGAACCAGGCUGCCUGGGUUCCCAUUCUGCUUCUGCCACUUCCAGCUGUGUGGCUUUAGGUGAGCCUUCACCUUUUGGUGCCUUGGUUUCCUCAUUUAGCACCUACCUCCUAGAGCUGUUUUGAGAGUCAAAUGCGCUGACGUAUAUAAAGUGCUUUGCAAGAGCCCUUUGUGUUUGCCGCUGUCAUUAUCGUGGAAGAGUUGCAAUUUGGGGGCCCGAUUGGUUGAAGCGCACAGCCGCGCUUUUGAGUUACACAUUUGAAAGUCGGGGGGUUCCGUAUUGCAGUCUUGAGUUCGGUCUUCCUGGGAAGGUGGGGCACCAGCCCCAUGCCACGUUGCACGGAUCAGCUAGAGCAGAAUCCCGGCUUCCCUCCGGAUGGGCCUGGGGUUCAUACCCGUGCUCGCUGCCAAGGUGUCUCUGGCCCCUACGGACACGAGUUUGCGACCUCUGAGUCACUGGGUGGGCAGGUCGGAAAGACCAGGGCGCCUCAGUUGGGAGCUCGCAGUCGUAUGGAGAGGGCAGGACCAGCCGGGGAGGAGGGCGGCGCGCGCGAGGGUCGCCUUCUUCCCAGGGCACCGGGGGCGUGGUUGCUGCGGGCGUGCGCCGAGAGGGCAGCGUUGGAAGCGGGCGCAGCUUCGGCAGACACGGGCGUGAGGGGCUGCGGAGCUCGAGGGCCGGCGCCAGGCUGCAGGGUACGGCCUCGCCCCGGCGCCCCUGCUUGCCUCUGCGGGAGGUGGGCGCGCCCGAGACGGAACCUGGGGCGUCAGAACGAAAGGCAGCGGCGCCGCGCUUCCCAGCCGGACAGCCUCCCGCGCAGCGCCCCGGCCGGAAGCCUCCUAGCCGCCGCUUCCCCUCGAGAAGGCGCGGGGCGGGCUGUCCGGCCCGUAGGGCUGUCGAGCCCGCGGCGCCAUGGCUCACGUCGGCUCCCGCAAGCGCUCGAGGAGUCGCAGCCGGUCCCGGGGACGGGGGUCGGAAAAGAGAAAGAAGAAGAGCAGGAGGGACGCCUCGAGGAACUGCUCGGCCUCCACAUCCCAAGGUCGCAAGGCCAGCACGGCCCCUAGGGCGGAGGGUGAGGACCACAGGCAUCGGGGAGAGGAGGCGCAGCCACUUCCCAGGGAAGUCGGGGCGAGCAGUGGUCGGGGACGCUCAGUCAUGCCUCUGUGCAGCCGGGCCUGAGAUGUGAGGGCCAGGCGCCGCAGGAGCCUGGAAGGGGCUCCUCUGGGAAGCUCCAUCUCUGUUCUGGAAAGCCCCUCAGGAAGCGCUCACCCUGUAGACGGUCUGUGCCUGCCCCAGGCCAGAGCAGGGGACAAAGGUUUACCUCUUCCCCUCCUGGCCUUCCAGUCUCACCUUCUCCCUGCAUCACAGAGAGAAGCAAGCAGAAGGCCCGGAGGAGACCACGAUCCAGCUCCUCCUCCUCCUCUUCCAGUUCUUCUAGCUCCUCUUCUUCCUCCUCGUCCUCCUCCUCUUCCUCCAGUGAUGGCCGGAAGAAGCGGGGGAAGUACAAGGACAAGAAGAGGAAGAAGAAGAAGAAGAGGAAGAAGCUGAAGAAGAAGGGCAAGGAGAAGGCGGAAGCACAGCAGAUGGAGGCUCUGCCGGGCCCCUCGCUGGACCAGUGGCACCGAUCAGCUGGGGAGGAAGAGGAUGGCCCAGGUACUGUGCUGUCCAGCACCUGAGAGGGAGAAGGUCCCUUCCCAAGGCCUGGCCACCACCUCCGUGUUCCCUUCCAGUCCUGACGGAUGAGCAGAAGUCCCGAAUCCAGGCCAUGAAGCCCAUGACCAAGGAGGAGUGGGAUGCCCGGCAGAGCAUCAUCCGCAAGGUGGUGGACCCCGAGACGGGGCGCACCAGGUGGGGAGCCUUUGGCCUGACUUACACCACAGGGUCUGGGAGUGUUGGCCGAAGAUGUGUGCUCUCGGGAGGAGUGGGGCCGGGCGGGGUUCCUGCUGCCUGAAAAAGGCCAAAUGUGGGCAAAAAUACGGUCACUUGGACUAAGUAGUUGCAGGGGCUGGAAGGGCCUGGAGGAGGCUCUUCAAAGGGCUGUUGUUGGCCCAGCUGAGGCUGGCAAGGCAGAGCCCAGCUCCGCUGCCUUCAUCAGGGAGAGUGGGUGAGGCCCCAGGGUCUGUCCACUCAAGGCUGUGCGGCAGGAUCCCUGGGACCCCUCUGCUGGCUGCUUGUGGUUCUGCUCCUCUGGCAUUAGGGGACCUGCCUAUUCCUUGCUGAACGGAGACCCUCCCACCCCCAGGCUUAUUAAGGGAGAUGGCGAGGUCCUAGAGGAAAUCGUAACCAAAGAACGACACAGAGAGAUCAACAAGGUGGGUGUGGCCCCUCUGCCUGCCAUCCGCCCCCAGCUCUGUUUGUGAUAUACCCCUCCUCCUGUGUGCUUUCUUCCCCAGCAAGCCACCCGAGGGGAUGGCCUGGCCUUCCAGAUGCGAGCUGGGUUGCUUCCCUGAGGGCCCCAGCUGGCCAAGGCCUGUGGACGGCGCUGGCGGCCCAGCCUGGGCAGGCUUCAGGGUGCCAGUGGGAAGCCUGAUGGGUGCUGGUGGCCUUUCCCGGGUGGAUUGGCCUCUGGCCCAGCCCAGCCUCUUCUCAGGGGCAGAGGGGGUGGAGGAUGGGGUCACCAGCCUGCUUGGCACCCCCAUCUGAAAGAGCAGCACUUCUUAGCUAUUAAAGGCCCCCUGGAUAGAC